CUAGAAAUUAAGAUUAGGGCCAUUGCGGUGGAAAUCGCGGGUUCAGCCCGGUUUGAGGCUGCUCCGCUGCGCUUGAGGGAACUAACGUGCUUGUUGCGGAGGCGAGGGGAAAGGACUCUGUGAUAGAGGCAGGCACCUUGAUAGACGCCUAGGCCCUUCCCGUCAGCCCUUGCGGUGGCAGCUGGCCCCGCAGCAAAGGGAGAUCGCCGCGUGGUCGAGCAACAUGCCGAAGUCUAAGCGGGAUAAGAAGGUUUCCUUGACAAAGACCACCAAGAAAGGCUUGGAAGUCAAGCAGAACUUGAUAGGAGAGCUCCGGAAAUGUGUGGACACCUACAAACGCCUCUUUAUUUUUUCUUUCACCAACGUACGAAACAACAGACUGAAGGAUAUUCGCAAUGCCUGGAAACACAGCCGAAUAUUCUUUGGAAAAAACAAAGUUAUGAUGGUGGCAUUGGGACGGAGCCCAACUGAUGAAUAUAAAGAUAACUUACACCAGGUCAGUAAGCAUCUGCGGGGAGAGGUUGGUCUUCUCUUUACUAGUCGCACCAAAGAUGAAGUUCUAGAUUGGUUUUCAAAGUUUAAAGAAUCCGACUUUGCCCGGGCUGGAAACAAAGCCACCCUCACCGUCGGCCUGGAUAUGGGGCCGUUGGAGCAGUUUCCACACUCCAUGGAGCCUCAGUUGCGGCAGCUGGGAUUGCCGACGGCGCUGAAGAAAGGAGUGGUGACACUAAUCUCAGAUUACGAGGUCUGCAAAGAGGGGGACGUCCUGACCCCUGAACAAGCUCGCAUCCUGAAACUCUUUGGCUACAAAAUGGCGGACUUCAAGGUGACCAUCAGAAGCGUGUGGCAUGCAGAGACGGGCGACUUCGAGCAGCUGGUGGAAGGCACCAAGGACAGUGCGGAAGGGAUGGAGGAGGAGGAGAAAGAUGAUGAUGAGAGUGAGGAGGACUAGGCCGAAGAAAUACUUGGAAAGAUGGGAACUAUGCACCCCAAAGGGGGUACUCUGGGAAUCACGCAGCUCUCUCUUCCUAGUUUGCACAGGACUCAGCCAAUGAACUAGAGACUCUUAUUUAUCUGAGGACAAACUUUAUAAAUGCAUAAAAUAA